CAACCACGUCAGUGUAGUCCGCUCCAUGGCGGACCGUAAUGUCCCCAGAGCGGCCCAGGGAGGGACCGAGCAAAGUCGCUGAGGCACUCUCACACUCUUCCUGUCCGACCACCUGUUUCUACAGAGGCCGCCGCCACCGCCGACCCCCGCCGCGGGAAUAGCAUGGCUGAGUUCGGAGCCGGACGAGCCUGAAGUGGAAAGAAGCCGGAGCUUCCUCACAAACCCAGCAGCAAGUUGCCCCGACAGAACAAAAGUCGCGUCGACCGAAGGGGGGACAAGCGCUCCAGGAUUUAACACAGCUCCUUUUUAUUUUAGGGACACUUGUUCCGGAGGAAAACAAUGAAAUUCGCAGAGCAUCUUGCGUCCCACAUCACUCCAGAGUGGAGGAAGCAAUAUCUCCAGUAUGAGGCCUUUAAGGAUAUGCUGUACGCUGCCCAGGACCAAGCUCCAUCCAUGGAAGUCGCAGAUGAAGACACGGUGAAGAGAUACUACGCAAAGUUUGAGGAAAGGUUUUUCCAAACGUGUGAAAAGGAGCUUCUCAAAAUCAACACAUUCUAUUCAGAAAAGCUAGCUGAAGCCCAGAGACGGUUUGUGACGCUGCAGUAUGAGUUGCAGAUGUCACUGGAUGCUCAGCGUGAGAACACUGCUCCGCCCGGUCUGCGGAAACGCAAGACCAUGUUCCACCUGUCGCAGGAGGAGCGCUCCCAGCACCACAACAUCAAGGACCUGAAGCUAGCCUUCAGCGAGUUCUACCUCAGCCUCAUCCUUCUGCAAAACUACCAGAACCUGAAUUUUACUGGGUUUCGUAAGAUCCUGAAGAAACAUGACAAGAUCCUGGAUACGACUCGUGGGGCUGACUGGCGGGUGUCUCAAGUGGAGGUGGCACCUUUCUACACCUGCAAAAAGAUCACGCAACUCAUUACCGAGACUGAGACCCUGGUGACUACAGAGCUGGAGGGAGGAGAUCGUCAGAAGGCCAUGAAGAGGUUGAGAGUUCCUCCACUUGGGGCAGCUCAGCCUGCUUUGGCCUGGACAACAUUUCGAGUCGGUCUGUUCUGUGGCUUCUUUGUCAUCCUUGCCAUCGCCUUUGUUCUCACGGGCGCCGUGUUCAUCCGCUACGAGAACGUGUGGCCUCUGGUGCGGAUCUAUCGCGGCGGUUUCCUGUUAAUCCAGUUCCUCUUCCUGUUGGGCAUCAACACCUAUGGAUGGAGACAGUAUGGAGUCAACCACGUCCUCAUUUUUGAGAUUGAUCCCCGGAACAACCUGUCGCACCAACACCUGUUUGAGAUUGCUGGUUUCCUGGGCGUGUUGUGGUGUCUCAGCAUCCUCUCAUGUCUCUACUCUGAGUACAUCUACCUCUCCAUGCAGAUCAACCCUCUGGUUCUUUAUGGCUUCAUGUUGCUCUUUCUCAUCAACCCGUUCAAAACCUGCUACUACAAAUCACGUUUCUGGCUCCUCAAGCUACUGUUUCGUGUGUUCACCGCCCCGUUCCAUCGGGUGGAAUUCGCAGACUUCUGGCUGGCCGAUCAGCUCAACUCUCUGGUGUUUGUUCUCAUGGACAUGGAGUAUCUCUUCUGCUUCUACAUAUUUGAGCUUCAGUGGAGCAACAACAGGGGACUGCUUCCAAAGGAUUUUAAAGACCACAUUUGCCACAGCUACUCGUACGGUCUUCGGGCCAUCAUCCAGUGUCUGCCUGCCUGGUUACGUUUCAUCCAGUGCCUGAGGCGUUACCGCGACACCAAGAGGGCCUUCCCCCACCUCGUGAACGCUGGGAAAUAUUCCACCACCUUCUUCGUCGUCACCUUCGCAGCCCUCUAUGCCACACACAGAGAACAAGGACACCUGGACGCCGACAUGUUCUUCUACCUGCUGAUUGUGUUUUCCAUCAUCAGCUCCCUCUACACGCUGAUCUGGGAUCUGCGUAUGGACUGGGGUCUGUUUGAUCGUGGAGCCGGAGAGAACACUUUCCUGAGAGAAGAAAUAGUUUACCCUCAUAAGGCCUACUAUUACUGUGCCAUCGUAGAGGACGUGAUCCUGCGUUUUGCCUGGACCAUCCAGAUUUCUCUGAUCACAAUGACCAAGAGUCACUCUGUGGGGGACAUCGUAGCUACCGUCCUUGCUCCUCUUGAGGUCUUCAGGCGUUUUGUCUGGAACUUCUUCCGUCUGGAGAACGAGCACCUGAACAACUGCGGCGAGUUCCGUGCGGUGCGCGACAUCUCUGUAGCGCCGCUCAAUGCCGACGACCAGACGCUGCUGGAGCAGAUGAUGGACCAGGAGGACGGCGUUCGAAACCGCUCGGGCAAGAAGACCUGGAAGACGUCUCACAGCUUGUCGCUCCGACGCCCCCUGCUGUCCACCUCACAGUCGAAGAAGGACACAAAGGUGCUGAUUGAUGAUACGGACGACGAGGCCUUCAGCUGAGUCAGCAUCUACACACAUUUAAAUUGCCACACUAUGCUUAUAAAGACCUCCUUUCUCACGCCUCAGCCCUCUCCCUCAUAGUUUAAUACAAGCAUUUAUAACCCGUGUCGUAAACCUGAGGUCCGUCCUCAUCUUUACACAAUUACCUCAUCUAUCCUUGUGAAUAAAGUCGGUCUUUAUAAGUGUAGAAGAAACACCAACACGAAGAGAAAACCCGCUGAAGCACAAGAGCAGUGAAAUAUUGGUACUGCUGAGGAGAGAGCUGAUGAACAGUCACACAGACGGACAGGUGUCAAGAAAAACCUUCAGAUUAUUGCAAGACCAGACCACACUGCCUGGGAUUAUCCUCUGCUUUCUUAAACGGACUUUAUAAGUUUUUUUUUUAUUUCUCUUUUAGUUUUAGUUUUUUUUUCCUUUUAGAUUGGCUGCAGACGACUGUUUACACGCCUUUUAAAAACACCACUACAGGGAGAAGCAAAUCAAAAGACUCAAUGACAGCAUAUCAAAACCAAUCAACUGGUUUCAACUCGUUGAUUCUUUUUUAUACGACUUUUUAUUAUCAUUAUUCUUAUUUAGUUGUAGUGGCAUCGGUGCACGAUCACAACCCUGGAG